AUGGCUGACGGUAUUCCGACUUUCAAACUUGUGCUUGUCGGCGACGGAGGAACUGGAAAGACUACGUUUGUCAAACGGCAUCUGACUGGAGAAUUCGAGAAGAAGUACGUGGCUACGCUCGGAGUUGAGGUUCAUCCACUUGUCUUUCACACAAACCGAGGACAAAUUCGCUUCAACGUUUGGGACACUGCUGGACAAGAGAAAUUUGGUGGACUUCGUGAUGGAUAUUACAUUCAAGGUCAAUGCGCUAUAAUCGUUUUCGAUGUGACUGCUCGUGUGACCUACAAGAACGUUCCAAAUUGGCAUCGGGAUCUUGUUCGAGUCUGUGAAAACAUUCCAAUUGUGCUUGCUGGCAACAAAGUCGAUGUGAAGGACCGCAAAGUUAAAGCCAAGACGAUCACCUUCCAUCGCAAGAAGAAUCUCCAGUACUACGACAUCUCAGCCAAAUCCAAUUACAAUUUCGAGAAGCCUUUCUUAUGGCUUGCAAGAAAGCUUCUUGGAGACCCAAAUCUCGAGUUCGUUGCAAUGCCUGCACUUGCUCCACCAGAGGUUCAAAUGGACCCAGACAUGAUUCAACAAUACGAGCGGGAUCUCAAGGAGGCUGCUGAUGCAAAUCUGCCUGAUGAUGACGACGAUUUG